ACUAUACUUGCUGUACGCUUUGGCAAUGUCAGUGACGUAGGGCUGACUCAUACUCUGUCUGCUGCCCACUUCACAGUCGUAGUGGUUGCUCGCCCGUACAUACGUUCGUUUUGUGAUCGUUUUGUCCUGUUUUCCUUGACCUCAUUGAAAAAUAAUAUAUCCAAGAUGUCUCACGUAAUGACUUUUACCAGAACGACAGUUUCUACAUCGGGUACAACUUCGGCUACGUAUAUAAAUACAGGUACAUUUUGUACACUGCCAGGAUUCCUGAAACUAGCUCAACUGCUUCUUGGAGCUGCGUGCGUAGGCGUAGUAAGUUACUACGCGGAUCAGAACUACUUGAGGUUCGAUAAGCCACAACUGUUCUUCUUGUUGAUAGCAGUUGCAUUUCUCAUUGGGACCUUUUGUCUGCUGACUUCGUAUCUCGUAUCAUUCGCCACCGCUUCCUUUAUAUCGAAGACUGUUUACGAAGUAAUAUACCACGGACUUGCAGCAUUGCUGUACUUAAUAGCUGGCCUCUAUUUAUUGAUUGAAGCAAACCACAGGAAUAGUCAUUACUACGGAUAUCACGAAGCUUAUACUGCAGCCGCGGUAAUGGGGCUUAUCCUAGCUGGACUCUACUUUUUGAGUACCGUCUUAGCACUUCGCCAUUACCGAGGAAUCUAAGUCUAUCACUAUAGUUUAUUAACUUAUUUAAGUUACUUAAUUUAGGUACUCACUUAAUGUGCCUACUUAUAUUUGUUUUAAAAUCUUGGGAAGAUUUUUCAGUCAUCAGAUAAAAGUUAUUUACUAAAUAAAACAAAUCAUAACUUAACUUACUAUAAACUGAACUUGAAGUACUUUAUUCAAACAACUGACAUUCUAAACUUGUUUAUUAUACGUAAUUAAGUUAUCCUAUUUUCAAAAAUCCUAUGAAUAACUUUUAUCUAACAGUACAAACCUCAGCCUCCGGCCUAAUAAUUGUCAACUUGGUCAUAAAAAAUGUUUAGUUAUUUGGGAAAAUAACUGAUAGGUUGUGUUUAUUUUGUCCCGUACGUUUAUAUAAUUGUUAUUGUAUAUUGCUUUCCUAUUUAGGCUUAAAUUGCUAUGCUGCCAUCUGUUUUUGUCUGCUUUUGUGUUUAAUAUUAAUGAGGCUCUAAAUUUUGCAUUGUAAUUACGUAUGUUAUGUAUUAUAAUAUAUAACUAGUGAUGAAAAUAGUCACGGAGCAGUAAUGUGUUGUCGUGGCACAUUCUAAUUUAAUUGAUGGCUUCAACUAUCCUUAACACUAUUUCUCAAUAGUGCCAAUGAAUGCUGCCCCACAAGGAAAAUGCUGUUUAAGGAUUGUUUUUAGUUUAAUAAUUAUACAAUGUAUUUAAUGUUUUAACAAAUAUUGUAGUUUUUUAGUAGGGAGGUUUAAUCUUCACAUCUCGUAUUUCACGAGAUCGGCAGAUUAAGGCAUUUUCUGAUACAUAUAGUGAUAUAAAGAUCUCGUCUAAGUGAAUGACGUCACGAAAAUAAUACUAUCUAUAUUCUUUAGUUAAAAGCAAUUGGCCGGUCACGUUACUAUAUUUUAAUGCGAUUCUUAUCUAUGUUGCUCGUGUAGGUAAAUAGUGCAUUUAGCCGCUAUAUCGCAGGACACUCAAAUCUAGUCUUUGUAAUUUAUUCAAUAUUUUGCCUGAUUUAGUUGACUGAUGCAUAUUUGCAUGAAAUGCGUUCUAGAGAACGUCUGACUUAAAAAAAGUCAAGCGAAAUUAGAAGUUCGGUAGAGAAAUAAGAGCGUAGUUUAAAAUGUAAAAAACUACUAAUGUUAUAUCGAUGAACUACAACUACAGCACUAGAUAAGCUUUGGAAGAAGUUUCGUUUCUUUGGAGAAAGAGAAACUCGAAAUCGGACUUCUGUUAGACAAAAGUAAAAUCGGAGUAUAUAUUAUUAAUACAUAUUAUUCAUUCAAAACAAUUUGUCUACUUAUUUAUUAAAAUUAGAACACAAUGCCAAUACGAAAACAGUUCAACUGACGACUGUAACUAACACUGUGCUAACGCCAAGCAGCAGUUGCAUUAUAUUUCAGAGUGACGAGCGCCGGAGAGUGCUUCGUAGUAAAAAAUCUGGUGUUACUACUAUUUAUGGGCAAUCGUAUCGCUUCCCAUUACGCUAGCGGCAUGUUCGUCUCAUCACUCAGUGGCAAUAAAAUAUAUAAUUGUAAUAAUUUAAAUUAGUUGUAGAGUCUAAAACAGUAGAAUGUAUAUUCGUUGGAAACUAGGGAAUACUUUUUAAAGUUAUAAUAUACAAAGGUAUGCAAGAUUUUUCGCAUAUUUUUAUAUCCGCUAUUACAAUAAGUUCGUGAACAAAUCUGUUUAUAAUGCUUAGUUUUUGGAAACUAUACAUUUACGUUUUUUUUUAAAUAUAAUAAUCUAUAAAAAGGAUACGUAUUAAGUGCGUAACAUUUACUAACAGUGAAAAUUGUUUAAAUUGUUGUACUUUAUGUGUUAUCUACCUAGCUAUACCAUUAAAUGGCUACGGAUAUGUCUGAUUCUAAAAAUCCCACCUUAUCUUAAUUUUGGGUGGGUUGUUGCGCCUCUGCAUACCCCUUCGGGGAUAAAAAUGCGUGAUGUUAUGUAUGGAUGUAUGUAUGUAUCUUAAUUUUCCAUUUUAAUGCUUUUCUGUAAUUUAGUAUAGUGUUUGUUUAAUACACAUGAUUUUAUUAAAAUACAGUUUUAUAAUAAGUACAUAUUAAUUUAUGUAGGUACGUUAGUUUGAAUUUAUGAAUUUACCCAUUAUAUUUGGUUUAUGUACAAUAAUACACUUCAUUUUUAUUUAAUAACAAUAUGUGUAUGACAUAUAAUAAAGUUUAUACUUUUGUACCAAA